CUCAGCGCCCGGGCGGCGGUUGGGAGAGCCGGAGCUGCGAGUUCGUCCCCGGCGCUGCCUGCGCGUUUCCCUGAGGCUCGCCCGGAGCGGUUCUCGUCAGGCCGCCUCCCCGCGACAGUCUCCUCGCAGACAGCGGAGCCGCCCCGGAGCCCUGCCUCAGAGCCGGCGUCUCGCGAUCGGCACGCCCCUGUGCGUCUCCCGGCGGCGCCGCGAGGACCCGGUGAGGGCCGCCGGCGCCUGGUCGCCAUGGCGCCCACCAUCCAGACCCAGGCGCAGCGGGAGGAUGGCCACAGGCCCAAUUCCCACCGGACUCUGCCUGAGAGGUCUGGAGUGGUCUGCCGCGUCAAAUACUGCAACAGCCUCCCUGACAUCCCCUUCGACCCCAAGUUCAUCACCUACCCUUUCGACCAGAACAGGUUUGUCCAGUACAAAGCGACUUCCUUGGAGAAACAGCACAAACAUGACCUCCUGACUGAGCCAGACCUGGGGGUCACCAUUGACCUCAUCAACCCUGACACCUACCGCAUCGACCCCAAUGUUCUCCUAGAUCCAGCUGAUGAGAAGCUCUUAGAAGAGGAGAUUCAGGCCCCUACCAGCUCGAAGAGAUCCCAGCAGCACGCGAAGGUGGUGCCGUGGAUGCGUAAGACAGAGUACAUCUCCACUGAGUUCAACCGUUACGGGAUCUCCAACGAGAAGCCAGAGGUCAAGAUUGGAGUUUCUGUGAAGCAGCAGUUCACCGAGGAGGAAAUAUACAAAGACAGGGACAGCCAGAUCACAGCCAUUGAGAAGACUUUCGAGGACGCCCAGAAAUCAAUCUCCCAGCAUUACAGCAAGCCCCGGGUGACACCGGUGGAGGUCAUGCCUGUCUUCCCAGACUUUAAGAUGUGGAUCAACCCAUGCGCUCAGGUCAUCUUUGAUUCAGACCCUGCCCCUAAGGACACCAGCGGCGCAGCUGCACUGGAGAUGAUGUCUCAGGCCAUGAUCAGGGGUAUGAUGGAUGAGGAAGGGAACCAAUUUGUGGCCUACUUCCUGCCUGUGGAAGAGACGCUGAAGAAACGGAAACGGGACCAGGAGGAGGAGAUGGACUACGCACCAGAUGAUGUGUAUGACUACAAGAUUGCUCGAGAGUACAACUGGAAUGUGAAGAACAAAGCUAGCAAGGGCUACGAGGAGAACUACUUCUUCAUAUUCCGUGAGGGCGACGGGGUUUACUACAACGAGCUGGAGACCAGGGUCCGCCUUAGUAAGCGCCGAGCCAAGGCUGGGGUGCAAUCGGGCACCAACGCCCUGCUUGUGGUCAAACACCGGGACAUGAACGAGAAGGAAUUAGAGGCCCAGGAAGCGCGCAAGGCCCAGUUGGAAAACCACGAGCCCGAGGAGGAGGAGGAGGAGGAGAUGGAGACAGAAGAGAAAGAGGCUGGGGGCUCAGAUGAGGAGCGUGAGAAGGGCAGCAGCAGUGAGAAGGAGGCCAGUGAAGAUGAGCGCUCAGGCAGCGAGAGCGAACGCGAGGAGGGCGACAGGGAAGAGGCGAGCGACAAGAGUGGCAGCGGCGAGGACGAGAGCAGCGAAGAUGAGGCCCGGGCCGCUCGGGACAAGGAGGAGAUCUUUGGCAGUGACGCCGAUUCAGAGGACGACGCUGACUCUGACGAUGAGGACAGAGCUCGAGCCCGUGGUGGCAGUGACAAUGACUCAGACAGCGGCAGCGACGCAGGCGGUCAGCGCAGCCGCAGCGCCAGUCCCUUCCCCAGUGGCAGUGAGCACUCGGCCCAGGAGGAUGGCAGUGAAGCUGCAGCUUCUGAUUCCAGCGAUGCUGACAGCGACAGUGACUGAGCCCAGGGCUGGUCAGACACCAUUAUCGGAGCAGAAGGCACUUGUCUGGUGGUCUGCUUGUGAGCCCUUCAUGUUGUCCCCCCCAAACCUUUCCUGUAAUAAAGCCGCGUUCUGACUUCC